UCUGAAAACCAUUGAGGAAGUCAGCAGUCUGCAGAAAUUUCAUGCUUCUUCCAUUUCUUGCUUCCAGCCCUGCUGUGGCUUCACCAGUUCCCCCACCCAUGCACUGAGACCCACCAGGAGAAGCAGUCUGCAGACUUGCAAAUUGCCCCACCACCCUGAGGAACCUGAGAUGAGAAUAGCCAGAUGCUGAUGAUCUUGACACAGUUGCUCUCUUAUGUAUGCUGACAGGGUAAAAAGCUUGAACAUGCCUCGUAGUCCAACAUCAAGCGAAGAUGAAAUGGCACAAAGCUAUUCCGACUAUUCUGUUGAGUCUGAAUCUGACAGUUCCAAAGAAGAAACUAUUUAUGACACAAUUAGAGCAACUGCAGAAAAGCCAAGCAGCAGAAUGGAUGACAGUCAGAGCAACACUCUGGUGAUUCGAAUUAUAAUACCUGAUCUACAGCAAACGAAAUGCAUUAGAUUUAACCCAGAAGCUUCAGUGUGGGUUGCAAAGCAACGAAUUUUGUGCACUUUGAAUCAGAGUUUGAAAGAUGUCCUGAAUUAUGGACUGUUCCAGCCAGCAAGCAAUGGUAGAGAUGGAAAGUUCUUGGAUGAGGAACGACUUCUCAGGGAAUAUCCACAGCCAGUGAAUAAAGGAGUUCCUUCCCUAGAGUUUCGAUACAAGAAAAGAGUGUACAAACAGUUCAAUCUUGAUGAAAAACAGCUGGCCAAACUUCAUACAAAGGCUAACUUGAGAAAAUUUAUGGAUCAUGUGCAUCAUCUCUCAGUGGAAAAAAUCACAAAAAUGUUGGACCGAGGACUGGACCCCAACUAUCAUGACCUAGAAAGUGGAGAAACACCACUAACUUUGGCAGUUCAACUUGACAAUGCAGUAGAAGUGAUAAAAGCUCUGAAAAAUGGAGGAGCACAUUUAGACUUCAGAGCCAAAGAUGGAAUGACAGCUCUGCACAAAGCAGCUAGAGCCAAAAACCAAGUAACCCUCAAGACUCUUUUAGAGCUUGGAGCAUCUCCUAAUUACAAAGACAGCUGUGGCCUGACACCGCUGUACCACACUGCAGUUGUGGGGGGGGAUCCGUACUGCUGUGAACUGCUUCUUCAUGAACACGCUACAGUUAGCUGCAAAGAUGAAAAUGGAUGGCAAGAAAUUCAUCAGGCUUGCCGAUAUGGACAUGUCCAACAUCUGGAACACCUCCUCUUCUAUGGUGCCGACAUGUGUGCACAGAACGCGUCGGGAAACACAGCACUGCACAUCUGUGCUCUUUACAACCAGGAGAGCUGUGCCAGGGUGCUGCUAUUCCGUGGAGCAAACAAGGAGAUUAAGAAUUACAACAGCCAGUCUCCAUUUCAGGUGGCUAUAAUAGCAGGAAAUUUUGAGCUUGCUGAAUAUAUCAAGAAUCACAGGGAAGCUGAUAUUGGAUCCUGCUUCUCAUAUCCAAGUAGAAGUCCCCGGAAUCUGUUGCUCUCAGUGCCCUUUAGGGAGGCUCCUACCUACUCAAACAGAAGGCGGAGACCCCCGAGCACCUUAGCAGCACCACGUAUCUUACUUCGCUCCAACAGUGACAACAACCUGAACAUCAACAAUAUCCCUGAGUGGUCAGCCUCCUCUUCUGCGUCUUCCCACCGAAGCCUUUCACCUCAUCUACUUCAACAGAUGCAGAAUAAUCCUAAUGGAACUGUAAAAACUGUGGGGAGCUAUACACCAUCCUCCCGGAGCCGAUCACCGUCCCUAAACAGGUUGGGAGAGGAUGGCAAACGGCAGCAGCACAGGCACAUCAGUGCUGUUUACAAUCCUAGUGCCAACAAGGAUACUCUGUCUGCCUUGGAUUAUCAGGGUCCAAAACGCAAGCUUUACAGUGCUGUACCUGGAAGACUUUUUAUUGUCGUAAAGCCAUAUCAACCUCAAGGAGAAGGUGAAAUUCACCUGCACAAAGGAGACAGAGUUAAAGUUUUAAGCAUUGGAGAAGGUGGAUUCUGGGAAGGCAGCACCCGGGGACAUAUUGGAUGGUUUCCUGCAGAAUGUGUUGAAGAAGUUCAGUGUAAACCAAAUGAAAGCAAACCAGAAACACGAACAGAUAGAACAAAGAAACUGUUUAGACACUACACAGUUGGAUCCUAUGACAGCUUUGAUGCUUCAAGUGACUGCAUUAUAGAAGAAAAGGCAGUGGUCCUGCAGAAAAAAGACAAUGAAGGAUUUGGAUUUGUGCUCAGAGGGGCGAAAAGGUAUGUGCUUCUGUCUGACACACCAAUUGAAGAAUUCACCCCAACUCCAGCCUUUCCUGCUUUACAGUACUUGGAAUCUGUGGAUGAAGGGGGAGUAGCAUGGCAAGCUGGCCUGAGAACCGGGGACUUUUUGAUCGAGGUUAAUAAUGAGAAUGUCGUGAAAGUUGGCCACAGGCAGGUGGUGAAUAUGAUCCGACAAGGAGGCAAUCACCUAGUUCUAAAGGUUGUUACAGUAACAAGGAAUCUUGAUCCAGAUGACACAGCUAGAAAGAAAGCCCCACCACCUCCUAAGCGAGCUCCAACCACUGCACUGACCUUGCGGUCUAAGUCAAUGACCUCAGAGCUUGAAGAGCUUGAUAAGGUGGAUGAAAUAGUACCAGUUUCCAAGCCAUCAAGAAUUGCAGACAAUGCAACUGUGGAUUCAAGAGUGGCAACUAUUAAACAGCGGCCUUCUAGUAGAUGUUUUCCCUCAGCUACAGAUAUGAAUUCUAUGUAUGAGAGACAGGGUAUUGCUGUGAUGACGCCCACUGUACCAGGGAGUCCACAAGGUCCUUUUCUGGGUAUACCUCGGGGUACAAUGAGAAGACAAAAAUCUAUAGGAAUAACAGAGGAAGAACGGCAGUUUUUGGCUCCUCCUAUGCUGAAGUUUACCAGAAGUCUUUCAAUGCCUGACACCUCUGAAGAUAUCCCUCCACCACCGCAGUCCUUACCCCCUUCACCACCACCACCUUCUCCCUCUCUGUACAACGCUCCCAAAUCCCCAACGUCAAGGAGCUAUGGAACUAUCAAACCUCCAUUUAAUCAGAAUUCAGGUGCAAAAAUUUCUUUGGUUAGGCCUGAAAAUGUGGGAACAAUGAUAAGGGACAAAGGGAUCUAUUACAGACGAGAACUGGACCGCUACUCUCUGGACUCUGAGGACCUGUACAGUCGGAGUGCCACAGCUCAGGCAAAUUUCAGGAACAAGAGAGGUCAGAUGCCUGAAAACCCGUAUUCUGAGGUUGGGAAGAUUGCAAGCAAAGCAGUUUAUGUACCAGCCAAACCAGCAAGGCGGAAGGGGAUGCUAGUUAAACAAUCCAAUGUUGAAGAUAGUCCAGAAAAGACCUGCUCUAUUCCAAUCCCCACAAUUAUUGUGAAAGAGCCGUCCACCAGCAGCAGCGGGAAGAGCAGCCAAGGGAGUAGCAUGGAAAUUGACCCUCAGUCUUCAGAACAACCUGGGCAACUCCGACCUGAUGACAGUUUAGGUGUCAGCAGUCCGUUUGCAGCAGCCAUUGCUGGAGCAGUGAGGGACAGGGAAAAGCGGCUGGAAGCGAGGCGUAAUUCUCCGGCCUUCCUCUCCACAGACCUAGGAGAUGAAGAUGUUGGACUAACACCACCAACACCACGUAUGAGGCAAUCUAAAUUUACUGAUGAAGCAAUGUUUAGUAGUGAAGAUGGCUUUAGGCAGCUUAUGUCACCAUCUCCGAUUCCUGCACCUAGAGAGCCUGAAAAUCUUUUUAAUAGCAGUGAUCCCAGCAAUCAAAGCGAUGCAAGGACAUUAAAUACUUCGUCCAAAACGAAAGGUACUGAAAACAGUACAGCGGCAGCUAAGUCCACAAAUGCAUCCACCUCUGAUAAUUACGUUCACCCAGUCACAGGAAAGCUGCUAGAUCCAAACUCACCGCUAGCCCUUGCUCUCUCUGCCAGGGACAGAGCCAUGAAAGAACAAACACAGCAGAUUCCAGGCAAAGUGGACACUGUUAAGGCUGACCUUAAUAAACCACUUUACAUCGAUACAAAGCUGAGACCCAAUAUUGAAACGACAUUUCCUGUUACUGCUACUGUCACUAGGCAAAAUACUCGUGGCCCACUACGAAGGCAGGAGACUGAGAACAAGUACGAAACAGAUGCAGGGAAAGAAAAGAAGGCUGAAGAGAAGAAAAACAUGUUGAUAAACAUUGUGGAUACUUCACAGCAGAAGUCAGCUGGCUUAUUAAUGGUUCAUACCGUGGACACGGCAAAGUCAGAUGAUGCGCCUGAGGAUGAAGAGGAAAAGGGAGCUGAAAUGGAACCGAACCCCGAAAACUCCCUGACAGAGAGGCCAGAAGGGAGCGAGGAAGCUGAAAGUGAGCUGAACGUGCCUGCUGUGCCUGAGCCACCGGCAUCUCCCUGCAAAACCAUCGUGGCGGCGAGCUCUGUCGAUGACCCAGUCAUCUUGCCCUUCCGCAUCCCCCCGCCACCCUUAGCAUCAGUUGAUAUUGAUGAAGAAUUUAUUUUUACUGAGCCACUACCACCCCCCUUAGAGUUUGCCAACAGCUUUGACAUCCCUGAUGACCGCUCGGUGCCCGCUUCAGCUCUCACGGACUUGAUUAAGCAAAGGAAAAACGGCACACCUUCACCUGCGCCAUUCGUCACCAGCCAGCCAACCAAUUCUUUAGACAGUAAAAAGCAAGUGGGUCUUUCAAACUGUUUGCCUGCCUCCUUUCUGCCACCCCCUGAUAGCUUUGACAACGUCACUGACUCUGGGAUUGAGGAGGUAGACAGUCGGAGUAGUAGUGACCAUCACUUAGAGACAACCAGCACUAUCUCAACGGUGUCCAGCAUCUCUACCUUAUCCUCGGAAGGGUCUGAGAACGUGGAUACUUGUACAGUCUAUGCAGAUGGGCAAACAUUUCUGGUGGACAAACCCCCAGUACCUCCUAAGCCAAAAAUGAAGCCCAUAAUCAACAAAAGCAAUGCACUUUACAAGGAUGCGCUAAUUGAAGAAACUGUAGACAGCUUUGUUAUUCCUCCUCCCGCUCCACCCCCACCUCCCAUCAGUGCGCAGCCCAAUAUGGCAAAGGUUGUUCCCCAGAGGACAUCUAAGCUAUGGGGGGAUGUGACGGAGGUGAAAAGCCCAAUUCUCUCAGGCCCAAAGGCUAAUGUUAUUAGUGAAUUGAACUCAAUACUCCAGCAAAUGAAUAGAGAGAAAUCCUCAAAGCCAGGGGAAGGAUUGGAGUCACCUACUGGAACAAAAACUGCAAGUCUCAGUACAAGGAGCACAGAAGUCAUGAGUACUGUCUCAGGUACACGAAGUACAACAAUCACUUUCACUGUCCGACCUGGAACCAGCCAGCCGAUCACACUGCAGAGCAGGUCCCCAGACUAUGACAGUAGGACCUCAGGAGCACGGCAUGCUCCAAGCCCUGUGGUUUCACCAACAGAGAUAAAUAAAGACAUCAUGCCUGCUUCUCUGACUGCUUCUGCUUCAGCUUCAUCUCCUUCUCCAACUCUGUCCGAUGUAUUUAGCCUACCCAGCCAGCCCCCCUCUGGGGACUUAUUUGGCUUGACCACAGGGCGCAGCAGGUCUCCUUCUCCCUCAAUAUUACAACAGCCAAUCUCAAAUAAGCCUUUUACAACUAAGCCUGUCCACCUGUGGACUAAACCAGAUGUGGCAGAUUGGUUGGAAAGUCUAAACUUAGGUGAACAUAAAGAAACAUUUAUGGACAAUGAAAUAGAUGGCACUCAUUUACCAAAUCUACAAAAGGAAGAUCUGAUAGACCUUGGAGUGACUAGAGUUGGGCACAGAAUGAACAUAGAAAGAGCUUUGAAACAGCUGCUGGACAGAUAAGAAUAGCUAUUUUGCCUCACAAACUUCUGUUGAUAACUAGAGAUGGGCUGGUACUGAAAUACCCCAAAUGCCUUGUCUGUCUGCGAGUGCCAGCAAAAUUAGGGGGGAAAAAUAAAGCAGUUUAAUUCCUGGUACUCAGGUAAUGCAGACUGUAUGUUACACACCCAAAUAUAAAUCUAAAUGUGUUGCACGAGUGGGGCCAUUUUAUUUCAAAGUUGUGGGGAGAUACGAGAGAGAGAGAGAGAAAAUUGUUAACUUCAAAAAUAUUACCAUCUAUUGAUACUACCCUUCUGCUGGAACCAUUGCAGAACAGUUUUCUUUUAACUUCAAAUUGCAAGCUUUUUUUUUUCCUUAAUUGAAAAGCACUGUAUUCUCUUCUUGACAUUCGUUCAGAUUCCCAGCAGGUUUCCUUUCCCAAAUCUUAGUUUAUUUAAAGAGGACAGAUUGCUUCAUUACCAUUCAAAUCCAUUUUUGUUAGCAGAGGCACAAUAUUGAGACAGGUACAGGAGUUCAUAUAACUGUUUUUUACAAAGUUUAGCUCUCCGAUUUGUUGGCAGAGAAGCUGGUUGUUCUGCUGGAAUUAGCUCAAAGGUAACCUUGCUCUGUUUUACCUGGUAUUUCUUUAUUUCUGCAGUUAUACUUAGCACUCUUCCAAGGUGGCAGAACAAGUUCAAUACAUGCUCCAUUGACGUGACCUGUAAGACGAUGCAGACAUUUCAUAAAAACUGAGAAGGAAUGCUCACUUAGAGGUACAACAAAAUGAAGCUAGUUUGAACCUGAGACCCCCAGUUUUCAACCAGCUAAACUACUGCUAAGUCGCAAUGUGAACUCUGCAAACCAGAAAAAAAAAUUGGGUUUAUGUACAGCUGCAUCUUCAGGACUUCACAGUCAGAUAUCAAGUAUGCUGAACCCUGAGUGAUACUGUCUAAUCCAGAGAGUGAUUAAGUACCUAGAUAUUUUGAACAUCGGGCCAAGAAAGAUUAAGUAGAUGAAUGUUCCCACUGAACUCAAUGAGAAGGUUGCCAGUAUUUUAAGUAAGAGAGGAAUUUCAAGCUGUUAGCAGAAAUAGAAAUAGUUUAUCUUGCUUUAAAAAAA